AUGUCUCUCGAUUUCGGUCUGAAAGACGUCCAUGUUCUCAUCACUGGCGCUGCUGGUGGCAUUGGUUUGGAGACAGUCCGAAAGUUCUCACAACUAGGAGCUCGAGUGACUGCCCACUAUAACUCCCGCAUCGGCGAGCUUGAGAACAUCGAGGGCGUUGUUCCCUUACAAGCAGACGUUCGAAACGAAGAUCAAGUAAACAAAUUGUUCACAGAAGCCGCUCAAAAGAACGACGGGCCUGUCAGUGUGCUCGUCGUCAAUCAUGGCGUGUGGCCUGCCAAUAAUGCACAUAUCGCAGAUAUGGACCUCGAUCAAUGGCGCAAUACACUCGACGUCGAUCUCACCGGUCCGUUCCUCCUCUGCAAAGCUUUCCUCCGCGACCUUCGCACAGCCUCCGAUCAAGAAAAGGAGUCCGCAAACAUCAUCUUCAUCGGCAGUACAGCAGGCAAAUUCGGCGAAGCCAAUCAUGGAGACUAUGCUGCUGCAAAGUCCGCUCUGGUGCGUAUCAAUUGA